AGUUUGCUGCAGGAGAUUGAGACCUACGACACAAAGCUGUGUGACCUGGAGUCUGUCUAUUGCCGACUGAAGGACGUGAGUCGGAAGCAGGAGAGUGACCUGACCCAGAGCGUGGUGCAGAGCGCCCGGGAGAGACUGGGCAAAGUGCAGGAGCGGGCGGCGGAGAGGAGCCGCGGUCUGGAGGAGUCCCGGAGACAAGCCAAGCAGUACAGUGAGUCUCGGCAGAAGCUUCUGGAAUGGCUGGAUGAGGUGGAUGGAGCUCUGGACUCACAGAAGGUUGACACGAGCGUCAGCCAGGAGCAUAUCAAACAGCAGCUGAGAAAGCACAAGGAUUUUCAGAAGAUCUUCCGGGCGAAGCGUCCCAUAUAUGAGGCGACUCUGCGGAGCGGACGGGCCCUAAGGGAGAAGAUCCGUCUGCCGGAGGAUGAGCAGCAGAUGGACGAGUCGCUGGGGCAGCUGAGGGAGCGCUGGGAGCACGUCUGCUCUAGAUCCACUGAGAGGCAGCAGAAGCUGGAGGAGUCCCUCCUGUUCUCCGGGAAGUUUACGGAGGCUCUCCAGGCCCUGAUGGACUGGCUGUAUAGAGCGGAGCCCCAGCUUUCUGAGGAGAUACCACUAGGGGGAGACAGAGACCUGGUCACUGACCUGUUAGACAAACACAAGGCUUUCCAGAAAGAACUGGGGAAAAGAGCGGGCUCCAUGAAGACCCUGAAACACUCUGUUCGGGACCUGAGCAGAGGAGGGGUCGGGACGGACUCCCACUGGCUGCAGAGACAGAUGGAGGAGCUGAGCCACCGCUGGGACCUCGUGUGUCAGCUGUCCGUCAGCAAGCAGGCAAAACUGGAGACCUCUCUACAGCAGGCGGAGGAGUUCCACUCUUUGGUAAAUUCUUUCCUGGCGGGUCUGAGUGAGUCUGAGCGGACACUGAAGUACGGGGUGAUCCCUGAGGAGGAGCAGGCGCUGCAGGAGUGCCAGGCGCAGCAGCAGGAGCUGAUGAACACCCUGCAGUGUCAGCAGAUGGCCUUGGAGUGCAUUGUGUCCCUGGGGCAGGAGAUCCUGGCCGCCUGUCACCCCGACUCCAUCAUCACCAUCAAGUCCUGGCUGAAUAUCAGCAAUACCCGCUACCAGGAGGUGACGUCCUGGGCUCAGCAGCAGGGGCAGCGCAUCCAGGCUCAGAUUCAGGCUCUGACCACCGAGCGGGAGGAGGUCGCCCGACUACUGGACUGGAUCACAGCCGCAGAGGAGGCUCUCAGCUUACGGGACCAAGAGCCCCUCCCGGAGGACAUGGCCGCUCUGGAGGAGGUCACAGCGCAGCACACAGUGUUUAUGGAGGAGCUGAGCCGCAAGGAGCCCGAGGUGGAGAAGGCGACCAAGAACUGUAAGCGGAAAGUCACGGAACCAAGACCUACAGCCUGCAGGAAGGUCUCAGCAAAAAGACAAACCUCAGUGAAAUCUCCGCAGACGGGCCCCUCAAUUCCUCUUCAAGACCUGGCACCUCGGAGCCCGCACAUGGUGCAGCUGCUGAACCGCUGGCAGCAGCUGUGGUUCCUGGCCUUAGACCGCCAGUGUCGCCUUCAGAGCGCGGCCCAGAGGCUGCACGAGUUGCAGGAAUUUGCACAUUUUGACUUUGCCGUCUGGCGGAAGCGAUACAUGCAGUGGAUCGGGCAGAUGAAAUCCCGCAUUCUGGACGUCUUCCGAGGAAUAGACCGGGAUCAGGACGGCAGGAUCAGUCAGCGGGAGUUCAUGGAAAGUGUCCUGUCCUCUAGGUUCCCCACAAACUCUCUGGAGAUGACGGCUGUCGCUAACAUCUUUGACAUUAAUGGAGAUGGCUUCAUCGACUACUAUGAGUUUGUCAGCGCCCUGCACCCGAGCCGAGACCCCCUGAGGAGAAACGCUGACGCCGACCAAAUACAAGAUGAGGUCAAUAGGCAGGUGGCUCAAUGUAACUGUGCAAAGCGGUUCCAAGUGGAGCAGAUCAGCGCCAACCGAUACCGGUUUGGGGAGUCUCAGCAGCUGCGCAUGGUCCGGAUCCUGCGGAGUUCCCUCAUGGUGCGGGUCGGAGGUGGCUGGAUCGCUCUGGAUGAAUUCCUGGUGAAGAAUGACCCUUGUAGAGUGAAAGGCCGAACCAAUCUGAAGAUCAAUGAGAAGUAUCUGACCCCCGAAUCCUUCUCAUCCACCCUCAGCCGCAGCGGGAGCCAGGCGAAAGCCAAAGCGUUGUCGCCGAGCCACUCCAACUCCAGCCUCAGCCUGUACACCAGUGCGUCGGCCCCCAACAGCCCCCAGAGCAGGAAGAUUGUCCUCCGCAGAACGCGCUCCGGGGAUCGAUGUCAGAGGUCCAGGUCAUCGGUGAUUACAGAUGGAAUUGACCUCAACUUCUCAGCAGCAGAAGACAGUGCCAACUCCACCUCAACUGAUAAGACAGACACACCCCCCACCUGACCUCGCGUCUCCGCCACCCCUGGGAAGCUCAUCGUUUUGCAGGAAAUCUCCAGGUUGGCCCCUAACGCUGGGAAUCUGCUGGACCACAGGUCACCGGCCAUCGGGAGCGACCAUGACAAGUUCUUUAGGACGACAUGAAUGUUGGGGUCUUUGAGACAUCUUGUGAGCGCAGAGACUGUGGCUGAGCGCCCGGCGCUGUGGUGCGCCGCCAUGUUACCCCUGUGCCCUGCAGAUUACCCAAAAUGCUGCAGGCCUGGCCCCUGUCCACAGGAAGCUCGUCUCCAUGAAGCCUCA